AGUUGUUUGCCAGUGAGUUAGAGAGAGAGAGAGAGAGAGCGAUAGAGCGAGAGAGAGCUUGCGUCAGUGGAGGAGUCGGAAACUUGAGAAACUUGUGUAGAAGAAACGCCAUAACUCGGAGAAACCCAAACGAGGAUUUAGCUAUUGUGUCUCUUCGUAGUCAUCUGGAGAUCAGGAGGAUAUGAACUCUACCAUUCCAGGGGGACUACAUGAAGAAGUUGACCAACAGAUUCAUCGGUACUUAGAGAAGUAAUGUGCUUUCCGAUACUUUUGGGUUUAUCAGGAAAAGAUGUUGGUGGAAAGUUCGUUCAGCCCUUCCGUUGAAUCUAGUCUACUGAACGUGUCCGAGUAUCAAGAUCCAUUUGCUACAUAUGAUUGGGCUUCGCUUGCUGAAACUUAUCAGAUGAUCCACAAAGUUCCCGAACAGUCUCAAGUAAGCUUUUGUAAAGCUGUUCCAGUCACUGAUGCAAUGAAUCUUGAUGAAUCAAAACAUCCAAAACAUCACAAAGUUCCCGAACAGUCUCAAGUAAGUUGUCCAGAGAAAUCUGUUAUGCACAAGGUAUCGGGAAAGGCCCUGACUUCUCUUGUGUAUCGUCGAAGGAAGAGGAGCUUAAAGCUUGGGGGAACUGAGGAACAUAACCUAGGAAAAACCAGGAAACAGGAUGAUUCACUUGAUGACUCUAUUGUCUCUUUACAUAACACUGGAGAAAGUACAAAAAGGAAAAAUCGCUUCAACAACUGUCUUGUCUAUAGCCGGAAAAAAAGGAGAGGGGAAUCCAGUUGUACUUUUACAGGAGAAACUACGAUAAGGGGUGCUGGGCUUGAUGAUGCUUUUGUUUCUAAGCAUGACUGUGGAGAAACCAGGAGAAGAGGCAAUCGAUCAGAUAAUUGUCUUGUGUAUAGCAGAAAAAAAGGUAGAGUGAAAUUUAAUAGUUGUACUUUUAGCAAACAUGUCACUGGAGGAACCAAGAUAGGCUGUGAUCAAGCUGACUCUUCUGCAUGUAGCCACAGGGGACAGGUAGUUAAAGCUGAUAGUGCUUUUACUGGACCUAACCCUGGAGAAAUCAAGAAAAGUGGUCAUCAACCUGUUUACAAUCAAAGCAAGCAGUUAGUGAAAUCUAAUGGGAGUUUUACUGAAAGUCAUGUUGGGAAAACCAAGAGAAAUGGUGAAAAAUCUGAUGUCUUGCUGACAUAUAGCCGGAGGAAGCAGAGAGGCAAAUCUGUUGGUGUUCGGGUUAAUGGCUUUCUAGUUUAUACCCGGAAGAAGUUAAAAUUCAGAGGACCUUUUGCUAGACAUGACCUAAGAGAAACCAAAACAAAUGGUGAUCAACUUGUAGAUGAUACCCAGGUUACCGAAGUGACAUAUUCUUCAGAUGGAACUAAUGACAGCUGCUCGUCAUUGAAAUCCAGUUCUGAAGUUGAUUCAAGUUCGAGUACAACUGGGGAAGAUGAUUGCUAUUCCUCUGAUGCUGUGGUGUCUGAGACAGAUACAGACGGUAGUAGCGGCCCUUUCAGGCUGUGUAAACAUUGUGAUAAGCCAGGAACUGUCGAAAAGAUGCUAAUUUGUGAUGAAUGUGAAGAAGCAUAUCAUACAAUCUGCUGCGGUGUACUAAUGAAAGACAUCGCAGGGAUAGAUGACUGGCUCUGUCCAUCCUGUUUGAAAAAUAAGCCAUCAAAGACCAAGACGAAGGGGAGAGUUUCACGGGAACGGAAAUGGAGAGUUACAGUACCAUUGGUAAUAGGAGUUCGAAUAGGAAAAAAGUUUCAAGCAGAUGUUCCAGACUGGUCAGGUCCAACAAUGAGUGAUACUUCUUUUGUGGGUGAACCCUUGGAAAUUGAUCAGUCAGAAUACACGCAUGAUCUCAAGAAGGCCAAGAAUAGUAAGAAACAAUGUUCUGCAGUGAAUUGGCUUCAGUGCAGAGAGGAAGAUAGUAAUGGAGAUAUCUGCGGAAAGUGGCGUAGGGCCCCUCGUUCAGAGGUACAAACCAAAGACUGGGAAUGCUUCUGCUGCGUCUUUUGGGAUCCAUCACGUGCUGACUGUGCCGUCCCUCAGGAACUGGAGACAAGUGAGAUCCUUAAACAACUCAAGUACAUCAAGAUGCUAAGACCUCGAUCAGACGCCAAAAAGCGAAAGCUAGGACCAAAGGGUCGAAGCAGAACACAUAACAAAGGAAAAUCUUGAUGGACACAAUCAAAUGCAUAUGCUUUUGGAUUAGAGACCUUAGAAACUAGAAAGGUAAACUCAGAAAAUUUUUGUGAAGCGCCAAUGAGUUUUGUACCACUUGCGAAACUUGAGGAUAUCAAGUUGCUCUAUAAGUGAUUAAUUAGGUUCAGAUCUUUUGUUAGCUCCCAAAACAGGAGUAGUGAAAAUAGAACGUUUGUAUUCAG